AUGGCAAGGAAGAAAUUUAGUGGUCUGGAAAUUUCCCUGAUUGCCAUCUUUAUCAUAGUGACUAUAAUAGCUAUUGCCUUGGUGGUAGUUUUAGCAACAAAGACACCUGCUGUCGAAGAAAGGCCAGCUACCACUGCUACUCCUUCUGGACAAGGAAGAUGUCCCAUUGAGCAAAAUGAUCCUUUAAAUGAGAGAAUAAACUGCAUCCCAGAACAAUUCCCAACACAGGCAAUUUGUGCAGAGCGAGGUUGUUGCUGGAGGCCAUGGAACAACUCUGUUGUCCCUUGGUGCUUCUUCGUAGAUAACCAUGGCUACAAUGCUGAGCAAAUGACAACCACAAACACUGGACUUGAAGCCAAAUUAAGCAGGAUACCAUCUCCUACACUGUUUGGAAAUGACAUUACCAGUGUCCUCCUCACAACUCAAAGGCAGACUCCCAAUCGCUUACGGUUCAAGAUUACUGAUCCAAAUAACAGUAGAUAUGAAGUUCCACAUCAGUUUGUGAAAGAUUUUACUGGACCUUCACCUUCUGAAACGUUGUAUGAUGUGCAGGUUUCAGAAAGGCCAUUCAGCAUCAAGGUUAUCAGGAAAAGCAAUAGCAAAACUUUAUUUGAUACAAGUGUUGGUCCUCUGGUGUACUCUGACCAAUAUUUACAGAUUUCAGUGAAACUACCAAGCGAAUAUAUUUAUGGCCUUGGGGAACACAUUCAUAAGAGAUUUCGUCAUGACUUAUAUUGGAAAACAUGGCCAAUCUUUACUAGGGAUGAGCUUCCUGGAGAUAACAAUCAUAAUUUAUAUGGCCAUCAGACAUUCUUCAUGUGCAUUGAAGACACUUCUGGAAAGUCAUUUGGUAUUUUUUUAAUGAAUAGCAAUGCAAUGGAGAUCCAUAUCCAGCCUACUCCAAUAGUCACUUACAGAGUUAUUGGUGGAAUUCUGGACUUUUACAUAUUUCUAGGAGACACACCAGCACAAGUAGUUCAACAAUAUCAACAGCUCAUUGGGUUUCCAGCAAUGCCAGCGUACUGGAGUCUUGGAUUUCAGCUGAGUCGCUGGAAUUACGGAUCACUAGAUGCAGUGAAAGAAGUAGUGCAAAGAAACCGUGAAGCAGGUAUACCGUAUGACACACAAGUCACUGAUAUUGACUACAUGGAAGACAAGAAAGAUUUUACUUAUGACACAGUCAAAUUCAAUGGGCUCCCUGAGUUUGUGCAAGAUUUGCAUAACCAUGGACAGAAAUAUGUUAUAAUCUUGGACCCUGCAAUUUCUAUAAAUAAACGUGCCAAUGGAGGCGCAUAUGAAUCAUAUGACAGGGGAAAUGAGCAAAAUGUGUGGGUAACUGAACCAGAUGGAAAAACACCACUGAUUGGAGAGGUGUGGCCGGGAUUAACAGUAUACCCUGAUUUCACUAACCCAAACUGCAUUAAUUGGUGGGCAAAUGAAUGCAGUCUCUUCCAUCAACAAGUGGCCUAUGAUGGAAUUUGGAUUGACAUGAAUGAAGUUUCCAGCUUUAUUCAAGGUUCCCUGAAGGGGUGUGAUGUCAACAAUUUAAAUUAUCCGCCAUUUAUUCCUGACAUUCUUGACAAACUCCUAUAUUCCAAAACACUGUGCAUGGAUGCUAAGCAGACCUGGGGGAAGCAGUAUGAUGUCCACAGCCUGUAUGGAUACAGUAUGGCAAUAGCCACAGAAGAAGCUGCAAAACAAGUUUUUCCUAAUAAGAGAAGCUUCAUCCUCACUCGGUCAACUUUUGCUGGGUCUGGAAGGCAUGCUGCUCAUUGGUUAGGAGACAAUACUGCUUCCUGGGAACAGAUGGAGUGGUCUAUCACUGGAAUGCUGGAGUUUGGCAUGUUUGGAAUGCCAUUGGUUGGGGCAGAUAUCUGUGGAUUUGUGGCUGACACUACGGAAGAGCUCUGUAGAAGAUGGAUGCAACUUGGAGCAUUUUAUCCAUUUUCUAGAAACCAUAAUGCUGAGGGAUACCAGCCUCAGGAUCCUGCAUAUUUUGGGAAGGAUUCUCUCUUGGUUAAGACAUCAAAACACUAUUUAACUAUCCGCUAUACCUUACUGCCUUUCCUCUACACUCUAUUUUAUAAAGCCUCUGCAUUUGGAGAGACAGUUGCAAGGCCAUUUCUUUAUGAGUUUUAUGAAGACACAAAUAGCUGGAUUGAGGACCUUGAAUUUUUAUGGGGAUCUGCACUACUUAUUACUCCUGUUUUGAAACAGGGAACAGAGUCUGUGAGUGCAUACAUCCCUGAUGCUACCUGGUAUGAUUAUGAAACUGGUGCAAAAAGGCCAUGGAGAAAACAGAGGGUAGAAAUGCAGCUUCCAGCAGAUAAAAUAGGACUACAUCUUAGAGGAGGCUACAUUAUUCCUAUUCAACAGCCAGAUGUCACCACAACAGCAAGCCGUAAAAAUCCUCUAGGCCUUAUAAUUGCCUUACAUGAAAAUAAUACAGCAAAAGGUGACUUUUUCUGGGAUGAUGGGGAAACCAUAGAUACCAUACAAAGUGGCAAUUAUAUAUUUUACACAUUUUCAGUUUUUAAUAAUGUCUUGGAUAUCACAUGUACACAUUCUUCAUACCCAGAAGGAACCAAUUUAGCCUUUGAAACUAUAAAAGUCCUUGGGCUGACAGAAACUGUAACAGAAGUUACAGUAGGAGAAAAUCCUCAGCAAAUGACUCCUCAUAAUAAUUUCACUUAUGAUGCUUCCAAUCAGGUUCUCUUAAUUACUCACUUAAGCCUUAACCUGGGAAAAAAUUUUACUGUUCGGUGGAAUCAAAAUUUCACAAAUAAUGAUAAAUUUAAUUGCUAUCCAGAUCCACAGACUGCCACUGAGGAAGCGUGCAUAGCCCGAGGUUGUUUAUGGCAGCCGGUUCACAGUCCAGGUGUUCCUGGGUGUUACAUUCCCAAAGAACAUAAUCCUUACCUAGUUACUUCAACUCAAUACUCACCAACGGGUAUCACAGCUGAACUAGCAUUGAAUCCUGAAAAUACUAGGGUAAAGCUGCCAUCUGAACCCAUCUCAACUCUUCGUGUGGAAGUAAAAUAUCAUAAAAAUGAAAUGCUGCAGUUUAAGAUAUAUGAUGCCCAGAAAAAGAGAUAUGAGGUUCCAGUUCCACUAAAUAUUCCAACAACUCCAAUAAGUUCUUAUGAGAACAGACUUUAUGAUGUUGAAAUCAAGGAAAAUCCUUUUGGCAUCCAGGUUAGACGGAGGAGCACUGGAAGAAUUAUUUGGGAUUCUCGUCUUCCUGGAUUUGCCUUUAAUGACCAGUUCCUUCAAAUAUCUACUCGUCUACCAUCAGAAUAUCUCUAUGGCUUUGGGGAAGUGGAACACACGGCAUUUAAAAGAGAUCUGAACUGGCACACCUGGGGAAUGUUCACAAGGGAUCAACCUCCUGGUUAUAAACUCAACUCCUAUGGUUUCCAUCCCUAUUACAUGGCCCUGGAAGGUGACAGCAAUGCUCACAGUGUUCUCUUACUGAACAGCAAUGGAAUGGAUGUUACAUUCCAGCCAACACCUGCUUUAACUUACCGCAUAAUUGGAGGAAUUUUGGACUUUUAUAUGUUCUUAGGCCCAACUCCUGAAGUUGCAACAAUGCAGUACCAUGAAGUAAUUGGCCAUCCAGUCAUGCCUCCUUAUUGGGCUUUAGGAUUCCAACUGUGCCGCUAUGGAUAUAGAAAUACAUCAGAGAUUGAGCAAUUGUAUAAUGAUAUGGUGGCUGCUGGCGUCCCUUAUGAUGUGCAGUACACAGACAUUAAUUACAUGGAAAGACAACUGGACUUCACAAUUGGUGAAAAUUUCCGUGAGCUUCCUCAAUUUGUUAAUAAAAUCAGAGAAAAUGGAAUGAAAUACAUUAUUAUCCUGGACCCAGCAAUUUCUGGAAAUGAAACAAAACCUUACCCUGCUUUUACAAGAGGGAUGCAAAAGGAUGUCUUUGUCAAAUGGCCUAACACUGAAGAUAUUUGCUGGGCAAAGGUUUGGCCAGAUUUACCUAAUGUAACAAUAGAUGAGUCCAUAACAGAAGAUGAAGCUGUUAAUGCUUCUCGAGCUCAUGUAGCUUUCCCUGACUUCUUCAGGAAUGCCACAGCAGAGUGGUGGGCAAGGGAAAUUAUGGAUUUCUAUGAUUACCAAAUGAAGUUUGAUGGCUUGUGGAUUGAUAUGAAUGAACCAUCAAGUUUUGUAAAUGGAACGACUACAAAUAAAUGCAGAGAUGAUAAAUACAACUUCCCACCUUAUUUACCAGAUCUUACGAAAAGAACUGAGGGGUUACACUUCAGAACAAUGUGCAUGGAAACAGAACAAAUUCUUAGUGAUGGAUCCUCAGUUCUGCACUAUGAUGUCCACAACCUAUACGGAUGGUCACAAGUAAAACCCACCCUUGAUGCAUUACGGAGGACAACUGGCAAAAGAGGAAUUGUCAUUUCUCGAUCUACAUACCCCACAGCAGGACGAUGGGGAGGACACUGGCUGGGAGACAACUAUGCAGACUGGAGCAAUAUGGAUAAGUCAAUCAUUGGCAUGAUGGAAUUUAAUCUCUUUGGAAUACCUUAUGUUGGAGCAGAUAUCUGUGGGUUUUUCAACAAUUCAGAAUAUCACCUCUGCGCUCGUUGGAUGCAGCUUGGAGCAUUUUACCCAUAUUCAAGAAAUCACAAUAUUGCAUUCACUAGAAGACAAGAUCCUGUUUCCUGGAAUGAAACUUUUGCUCAAAUGUCAAAGGAAAUUCUAUCUAUUAGAUAUACUUUACUACCUUAUUUCUAUACACAAAUGCAUGAAAUCCAUGCACAUGGUGGCACAGUUAUCAGACCCCUUUUGCAUGAGUUCUUCAAUGACAAGACAACAUGGGAUAUUUUUAAGCAGUUCCUGUGGGGACCAGCUUUAAUGGUCACCCCUGCUCUUGAUCCAUUUGUUACCAGUGUACAUGGCUAUGUUCCUGAUGCUCGAUGGUUUGACUAUCAUACAAGGGCUGAUAUAGGUAUCAGAGGACAAUUUCACACAUUCUCAACUCCUUUUGAUAAAAUAAAUCUACAUAUUCGUGGAGGUUAUAUCCUACCAUGCCAACUACCUGCUCUAAACACAUUUAUCAGUCGAAACAAUUACAUGAUGCUCAUUGUUGCUGCAGAUGACAAUCAGAUGGCUCAAGGAACUCUGUUUUGGGAUGAUGGAGAGACCAUAGAUACCUAUGAAAGUGGUCAAUAUACAUUGGUGCAAUUUAAUUUAAACCAGAUGACUUUGACAAGCACUAUAUUGAAAAAUGGUUACAGAAACCCAAAUGAAAUGAGACUUGGAUACAUCGAAAUAUGGGGAAAAGGAAAAUAUGAUGUAACUGCAGUUAAUUUGACAUAUAAUGGAAAUAUCCAACAACCUAUAUUUCAGGAAAAUUUAGACAAAACGAUAUUAUCUCUUGACCUGACAAAAAAUGCUGUUACUUUAGAUGAACCAAUAGAAAUCAGCUGGUCAUGAAGAUUACUGUCAGUAGGAAGUCCUUAAAGCAGAAUUGGCUUUGAAUUUAUGACUCAUGC